AUGGACAAGCUAAACGUCGACCAUAUGCUGGCCAUCGAGGAGCCCUUUAUGAAGGUGCCCCUGGAGCAGCUGAAACGGGCUGUACGACAGACACAGAAGCAGGCCGAGCGUGAAACAGCGGCAGUCAGCAGCGAGCUGUCGAACGUUUUGAAAAACCAGCACCGGCUGACGCCUGGCGAGCUGCAGCAGACGCUAGACGGGCUGAUCUCUCGGCUGCAGACCCUCAGGCAAACGCUUGAGGAGUCCAAGCUCGAGGAAGCGCACCUAAUCCAGCGAUCAAAGCAGAGAGCCGCGGAUCUGCAUAAGCUCAGGGGGUUCGAGUCCACCGCGCAGCCCGAGUUCCAGCAAUGGUGCCGCACACGCCUGGACCGCGUACUCAUAGACUAUAUGCUGCGCAACGGCAAUGUCAAAACGGCGCAGAGGCUGGUGGAUAAGGGGGGCUUGGGGCAUUUUGCCGAGUCUUCGCUGUUCGCCCUGGUUAUGGAAAUCGAGGGCGAGCUGAAGGAACAGCACAGCUGCCGAGCCGCCCUGCAGUGGUGUGCAGAAAACAGGAGCGCUCUGCGCAAGAUUCAGAACUCGCUGGAGUUUGAGCUGCGGGUGCAGGAGUUUAUUGAGAUGAUCAGGGCACGCAACACGCCAGGUGCUAUAGGCUACGCAAAGAAGCACUUGACACCGUGGUCAGAUACGCAGAUGCCAAGGAUCCAGCGCGCAAUGACGCUCUUGGCGUUUCCGCCGGCCACACAGUGCCCGCCGUACAAGAGCAUGUUUGACGAGGCGCGGUGGGGCGGGCUGGCCAAUGACUUUCGGCUUGUGAUUUUCCAGCUGUACAAUCUGCCGGCGCAGCCCCUGCUCCACCUGCUCCUGCAGACCGGGCUGUCGGCCCUCAAGACGCCGGCUUGUCUCUCGGAGGAUCCCUCGGAACAUAACCGCAACUGCCCAGUGUGUCAGACCGAGACGCUUGGCAAGCUGGCGCAGGAGCUGCCGCUGAGCCACCACGUCAACUCCAAUCUGGUGUGCCGGAUCACAGGCGAGAAAAUGAAUGAAGAUAACCCGCCGAUGCGCCUGCCGAACGGAUACGUGUACUCGCAGGCAUCGCUCAGCGACAUGGCCGUGAAGCUCGAUGGCAAGGUCAAGUGCCCGCGCAGCAGCCAGACCUUUAAACUAGCCGAAGCCACAAAGCUGUUCAUCAGCUGA